AUGCCGAUACCUACACGAAGGCUUUCCCUCCGCGAGCCUCGCAUCGCCCAGCAACGGAAACCUCCCGAUCUCGACCGCGAAGUUACGAUCCCCGAAGUCGAAAGUCCCCGGUCAAUCAAACCCCGCUCAAACACCAUAUCAACCACUACCACAACGUCUACAGCCGGGUUGACAUCCGCACCAUCCCGGAACUCAAAUCUGCCUUCGCAUAACCAGCCGAUGUCAAUCUCGGGCCUUCCACAGCCAGCCACUACCGCAGCACCAACAAACUCUGGAGGUAAUGGUGGCAAUGGCGAUGAUCGCGCCAUCCCAUCCCGUCGUCGCAGUUUCUUGCCACAGCGGAGCACCUGGCAGAGGGGUGGUGGAGGAAUGGUUCCUUCGGGUAGAUCACAGCUACAGAUGGAGGAUAAUACAUUAUUGAUACGGCCACGCAUUCAAGAAGCCCAGACUCCAGCGCCCCAGUCACCUGUGUCAGCCCCACCUGCUGAAACCUCGGCUCCCGUCCCGGACCUUCCACAGCCAAUUCCUCCGCUAUCGCCGUCAAAGCUAUCCAGACCGGUGGCAAGUCUUACGCGAACCCAGGCUGUAGGCGUGAGCCGAUUGGAGCGACCGGGGUCGGCGAAUGCGCCUAAAUCGGACACAUUGAAUUGUGUAGAUGGACCUACCUCCCGCACUCGCCUGGAGAGAGCUGGGUCCUCCAGCACCACCAGCUCGCAAUUAUCGAGACCUCAGAGUGUGCAUAUGGCAGCAAAGGUUGAGAAUCCUGGCUCGUCAAGCACGAUAACCUCACAGGGAUCGAGAACACAGAAUAAAUCCACACAGCGCUUAGAGAGGCCUGAACGGCUUGGAUCAGGGAACACACCCAUACCGGAGGCUAGGAAACCUCAAACUGCAAGCGUAACUCGAUUGGAGAGGUCCGCAUCGUUAAGGCAACCCAUUGCGUCGACGAGAGUUACCACAACUGCGAACCAUUCGCGGCACCAGAGCCAGGUUGUAGGUUCGACGAAGGGUCAUACAGGUGCGAAACAAGGCGAGGGCAACAUAAGCUUGACUCCGUCAUUAAAGGCGAGCAAGCCUCAGUUCUCUACGUUCCAGCAACAUUACAGUCCCAAAAAGGGACCGAAAACUAAGCCGCCUAUUCCCCCUGCCUCGACAUCCUCUACAGUCACAACUUUGGGGGCACGAGCUGGAAUAGAGUCGUCCUCACAGACCCAUCCGCACGUAGCAGCCCUGCAAAUAGAACUCCUCCAACUCCAUCUCCUUCAUACCGACUCUAUACGAGCUAAACGAGACUGGGAAUACAAUGUUGAAGAGCAACUGGGUAAACAGUACAAAACAGUCGUGGCCAAGUACCAUACACUUCUCGCUCAAGAGCAAGCAGCGCAGCGUUAUACCAACAACCAAGCUCUUAGCAAAUUAGCGGCAGAUAGCAAACCAAACACGAACAAAAGCAACACGAAUGAUCACAACGGUGCUUACGACUUCUCGGAGCAAAUACAGGUAUUGUCCCGUGUGAUACAGGAUGUCGCAACGCUUACAGAUAUGCGCGGGGGCAGAUAUAUUUCGUGCGUCCGCACCUUUGGGAAAUGGUUCGAACACGUGGCAAGGGUGAGACAGGGCAGGGCCGGAAGCCGGAAUAGGCUCCGGCCCCAGGAAUCAGCCGUUACCGUUAGCAAACGCAACGGCAGCGGCGAUGAUGACGACGAUUGUAAUUACGACACGGACCGGAACGGUGAUAAUGAACAGGACGCAAGCAGCCACAAGUACGAAUUCAUAGACCCCCUUAGCUUCAAGUGGAAGGAGGAAGUCACUGCGCUGGCUAUGAAACUGGAACUCUGCGCCAGAGAGCUAGACUGCCUUGAUGUGGAUAUGGGAAUGGCAGGCGGCGAAGAAACAAGUGUCGAUUUAGAUACGGGUGGUCAAUCCGGGGAUGGAUAUCCCCCAUCGUCUGCGUUGGUUCGCGUUGUGAAGGGUCAUAAAAUGCUGUUAGCGUCGAUGAUUGAGGAGUUGGAGGUUAUGAGUGCGGUUGAGGCGGAUGUUGGGGAGUUGGAGAGGUUGUGGGUUCGGGAGGCAGUUGAUCGGCUGGGUUCCGGUGGCACCGCUGCUUUUGCUGGUGGUGAGAGGGAAGAGAGACGACCGGCUUGGGCUGUUGGGUAA